AUGGGCCACGAGAUGGAGAAUGAGUUUCGAAGAAUCAUCAGCUCCCUCGAUAAAAAUCACAGACUUGGAUUGUCUCCUACUGAUCCCUCCCUCUCUCCGAGAAGUUCGAUAGAGCAGCUGCACGAGGGUACGGAGAAGGACCGCCUUCGUACCAUCUACCAAGGACUGCAAUUUCUUCACUCCUCUCAGCCACCCCGAUUUUGGCAAUGUCUUGAACGCUUUCGUGUCGAAGCUCUCAAGAUUCAUGAGCAAUUCAAUCUUCACCAGUCGGAAGGUUCCCGAAGCUCGAAUGCAUACGUCGCGGAAAGAAAAGAGCUUCAGCGUUGUCUGUUCAACAUCCUAUUCGCGGAGCCUUCCACGGCCAGCAGCUCAAACAAGGCAAAGAGAUCAUCGGAUGACUUCGGAAAGAGCAAUUUCAAGCGGCCCAGGAAUCGUUCCACGGAUGAGCCCCCGAAAAGUAACAAAAACAAAAUUCUCCUAGUUGAUUCUAUCCCCGUACGAUCUCGGGAGAGCAGCCCGUGCGUCGGCGUCUUCGCUCAGGAAGGCAGAAAAACUUCCAUCAUGUCAUACUUUUCAAAGUCUUCCGCAAAAGUAUCCUCAUCAAGCUCAGCAUCGUCGUCUUUUCCGUCAAGGACGUCGAACGGCAUCGGCAAAUCGCCGAGCGAGCAGACAAGCUUCACAACCGUGACAACAGAUGAUCUCUUUCCGCUAUGCAGCCAAGAGUACCGUGCUCUGAGUGAAAGCUUCUCGGCUUUUGAUUCUAGUUCAUGUCGGAAUACAGAUGCAACGUACGCCAACAUGAAACUGACGUCUCCGACAAAGGAGCCCGAGGUAAGCUGGACACUGCAGGAUCGGCUCAAGAAUAUCUGGCCGAACCUGCCCAACGAGAGUUUCAACGAGGCCCCUCUGGCCAUUUCUUGGGAGGUCACCCGCAUCUCCCAACAUUGCGGAGUCAACUUGGCAGGCUGCGAUCUUGUCUACAAUCCGAAUUGGCGCGACCAAACGACGAUGCGAGAGGGGCUUGCCACAUGCGGCCCAUUCUUAGGCAAGGUGCUGCCUCAAAUUGUCGACACUCAACUCUGGAUGGCAGCCCUUGGAACGUUCGAGUUACAUCCGCAAAUUGUCACAAUCUCCGCCAAGUUGGAGUACAACGCGUCUCAUGACGGACCGCUAUUUAUAACUCGCCUCCAUCCCCUGAAACUUGAAUUCGGCCAUCGAUUGAGCCGUCGGUUCGGGGCCGAUAGAUUCCUUGAGAUCCUCGUUCCAUCCCUGGCCACAAAGGAGCGACCAGCUUCCGCCAAGCAUGGUUCAAACAUUGACAUCAUCAACUGGCUCGCAACAACCAGCCACUUUAUGCUGGGACGAAACUGGCGUCUGUACUACAUGACCAAGAAAAAAAAGACCGUUCAGUUGGCAUCAAAAUCCAAGACUGUCUACCUUGACCGCCUGCACUUUUUCGCUGUCGAUGGCAUCACCUUCAGACCGUCAAACACCUCCGGAGGCCCACCACCACCCGAAGAAGCCUUCUCACCCAAUCGUCGUACAAAGAUGAAACUUGGCGCCUUGCUCGAUUGGACGAUUCACAUAUCAAAUAAUCUUUCGCAGCCCGUUCCCAAGUUGUUCUCUCGUAUUGCUCUAAGCUUAACAAGGACCACACCGACGGUUGAGUUACAGAAGCAUGAAAUCAUACAUGAAAGCAAAGACAUAAUCGUCGACAGCAUCGUCAUGAAUGACGGCAUCGGUCGCAUGUCGAAGAGUCUGGCGAAGAGAAUUGCAGAUCAUCUAAAGCUCGAGAAUACGCCUGCGGCCUACCAGGCUCGGAUUGGAAGUGCCAAGGGCAUGUGGAUCAUUAAUACGGACGAUGAUGGCUUCAGUGAUGAUUUCUGGAUCAGUACAUACCCAUCGCAACGAAAAUGGGAUUGCGACUUCGAUGAUCCUCUUCAUCGGACCUUUGAAGUGAAGGACUGGCCACGUCGUCCGAGGCCAGCAGCAUUGAAUCAACAGUUCAUUCCUGUGCUCGAGGAACGUGCAUCUGACCCUGCAGCGAUGCGGCAGGCCAUUGCUGAGCACUUGAGAAGCAGCUUGCUUGCAGACAUGGAUGCCUUCAAGGAGGCUUUAGUUCACCCCGAGAACUUGCGCCACUGGCUAGAUCAGUCUCGACAGUCUCGACAGGACCACAUCUCCCACGGCCAUGUCCCGUACUCGGGUGGACUUCCUACCUCGCCCGAGUAUGCACUCAUAUGUCUCCUGGAUGCUGGCUUCGACUUGCAAAAGAACAAAUAUAUGCAGGAUCGCUGUCAGGACAUUGCAGACAGGAUUUCCAAGAGAUUAUCAGAUAAGACGCACAUCAAGAUUCCCCAAUCGACCAACUUAUUCAUGGUUCCCGAUUUUUGUUCCGUCUUGGAAGAGGGUGAAGUUCACGUGGCCUUUUCCACCAUGUAUCAAACAGACGGCUUCAGCGACACUUUGCUGGAGGGCAUGGACAUUCUCGUCGGUAGGUCUCCUGCCCACUUCGAAAGUGAUAUUCAAAAAGCGAGGGCAGUAUCGCACCCGAAACUCCGCCAAUUGAAGGACGUCAUUGUCUUCCCGAUGAAGGGCAAGUCUUGCCUCGCCGACAUGCUGUCCGGUGGGGAUUAUGACGGGGACAGGGCUUGGAUUUGUUGGGAUCGAAAGAUUGUCGACAACUUUUGCAACGCCCCGGUACCCAAUUGCGACGACCUCUUCCAGCAAGGAUAUCUGACAAAGCUGGAUCUGCCUGUGCAGGAUUUCUGCGAUGAGAAGUGGGACAUCGACAUGGUGUGCGAUAAGUUCGUCUCCAACGGCGUUCAAUUCAACAUGCAACCAUUUCUGCUCGGCAUAUGCACCAAUUGCAAGGAGAAGCUAAGCUACUACGAAAAUACCGUCAGCGGCCCGAAAAUCGUCGCGUACAGCAACCUGCUUAAACAUCUCGUGGAUCAGUCCAAGCAGGGCAUCUGGUUUUCCUUCAACGACUUGAGCCGGUUUCAGAAUGAGGUCGUGGGGUCGAAGAAAUACUUGGACGAGCCAGAAUACAUGUCAGACAGGCCAUCUGGUCAUGUCUGGGGUCCCAUCAAUGGCCAGGUGAGGCAGAAGCAUAUUUUGGACUAUUUGAAGUUUGACGUUGCGAAACCAGCCAUUGAUGAUGCCCGAGAGAGCUUCAGCAAGGCGUUCCAGGGCACAGCUGGACAAUAUUACGAUGAAGACUUGACCAAAUGCGUGAACCAUUACGAGAAAAAGCGAGCAACUUCAGAGACCUGGAAUAUCGUCUUCAAACACCUUCAGUCUAAGAUUGAAGCAGUUGCUUCUGAGUGGCAGGACAAGAUGGGCCAGGGGCCAGGGGACUUUGCCAUCAGGGUGAGCCGCACGAAGCAGAUACACCAGAGGUGGAUGCAAAUUGGUCCACCCGAAGGGCUUCCUUCCAAUGACGCCGUCAGUGACCUCAUGGAGAGUUGGAGCCGCGACCCUGGGUCAGCUACGUGGUCGCUCCUCAAGGCAUCAUUGACUUUUAAACUCUAUCACAAGAGGAAGCCGAAAUUCACUUGGCAAAUAGCAGGGCGUCAGCUCUGCAAAAUAAAGGACAGGAUGACUUGCGACAAUGGCGAGACGGCGUCAGUCGUUAUUGGAGCACGGAUGUUUGCAGCCCUUCGAUCGGAUCGGCGGUUUAACGCGACCUUGGGAGUUCCCCGCGGAAUGCCGAGAGACAACGAAAGCAUGCUCGCCAUGGAUGAGGUUAGGAGAUAUGAUGAAGUUGGUACGCAGUUGAUUUAUGAUGAACCCAGUUUGUAA